AGCCGGUUCUCUAGUGUUUGUAGCAUAUCUUCCACGCGUGUUCUACUGUCAUUAUUCUGGAGGUCCGGCGGGUUGCGUACAGAUAAUUUCCCCCACUGAUAAUAAUACGGCCUGACAGGUUUUAAGACGACGGACAUUAGCAAACGCUGUAGUGACAUCACCCAAUGGAAAAAUCCCUUAGUGAAUUAGAGGGCAGCGUCGCAGGGGAGUCCAACCGUGAUCUGCUGCCUGAACCCACCUCCCGCCCCACUUGGGGCAGUAAAGUGCAGUAUAUCCUUGCCCAGGUUGGCUUCUCUGUCGGUCUUGGAAAUGUCUGGCGGUUUCCUUACCUGUGUCACCAGAAUGGAGGAGGUGCCUUCUUGUUACUGUACUUUCUGUUACUUCUCAUCAUCGGGAUCCCCCUGUUCUUCUUGGAACUGGCUGCGGGGCAGAGUAUUCGUCAGGGAAGCAUUGGGGUCUGGAAACACAUCAGCCCACGAUUAGCUGGGAUUGGCUUUGCUAGUUGUCUGGUGUGUUCCUUUGUGGCUCUUUACUAUAAUGUCAUUAUUGGAUGGAGUCUGUUCUACAUGUUCAAUUCUUUCCAGUACCCGCUGCCAUGGGAAAACUGCCCCACCCUGGUCAACCAGACACAAAAUGUAGAAGCAGAGUGUGCCAAGAGUUCACCCACUACAUACUUCUGGUACAGAAAGGCCCUGAAGAUCACUGACUCCAUUGGGCCCUCGGAGAUGAACUGGCCAAUGACCGGAUGCCUGGUCCUCGCCUGGGUUCUGGUGUGUGGAGGAAUGUUCAAAGGAAUCAAGUCUUCUGGGAAAGUGAUGUACUUUAGCUCCAUUUUUCCCUAUGUUGUCCUGUUCUGUUUUCUCAUCCGUGGACUUCUACUGGACGGUGCUCUAGAUGGGAUCAAAAUUAUGUUUACACCAAAGCUGGAAAUCUGGGGAGACAUACAGGUUUGGCGACAGGCAGCUACCCAGGUCUUCUUUGCCUUGGGUCUUGGAUUUGGAAGUGUGAUUGCCUACUCCAGCUACAAUGAUCGCCACAAUAACUGCCACUUUGAUGCCAUUUUAGUGUCAUUUAUCAACUUCAUAACCUCUAUACUGGCCACACUGGUUGUUUUUGCUGUCCUGGGAUUUCGCGCAAAUGACAUUGCAAAUCAGUGUUUUUUGGAAAACCUGGAGAAGAUUAGGGGUUUAAUUAAGGAUCGCACCUUCUUUGAUUUCCCUGUACUGUUGGACAACAUGACACUUACAGAGUACAAUGACUGGUACACAAGCGUGGAUGCUGUGGCCAACCUGACGCAACAUGGCAUUACAAAUUGCCGGAUAGAAGAUGAGAUGAACAAGGGUGUGGAAGGAACGGGAUUGGCAUUCAUCGCCUUCACAGAAGCAAUGACUCGGUUUCCUGCCUCCCCAUUUUGGUCUUUGUUAUUUUUCCUCAUGUUACUGAACUUGGGUCUCAGCACUAUGUUUGGAAACAUGCAAGGAAUAAUCACCCCACUGCUUGACAACUUUACAUGUUUACGCAAGAGGAAAACCUUAUUCACAAUUUUCUGCUGUAUAUUUGGUCUUUUGACUGGGUUGAUCUUCGUUCAGCGAUCCGGAUCGUACUUCGUCUCCAUGUUUGAUGACUAUUCAGCCACUUUGCCUCUUAUUAUUGUUGUGAUCUUUGAAAAUGUGGCUGUGGCUUGGGUGUACGGGGCAGACAGGUUUAUGGAUGAUAUUCAAGGAAUGUUGGGCUUCCGACCAUGGUGUGUGUACAAGUAUAUGUGGCAGUACUUCAGCAUUUUGGCCAUGAUUGGUCUCCUACUUGCCAGCUUGAUUAGAAUGUGUAUUGCGCACCCCACGUACCAGUCCUGGAACAUGGAAGAGGCAGCUGAAAAAAAGUUGGAGUAUCCACCAUGGGCUCUUGGCAUCCUGAUCAGCUUGAUCGUAUUGGCUUCCUUGCCCAUCCCAUUAGUAUUCCUGAAACAAACUAUACAAGACUGGUUACAGAGUCGGAGAACAAAGACAUAUGGGCAGUGUGAAUACAGUCAGGGCUGUACUGUUGACGAAGUGCUGGAACCCAUCGAAGAGGGCAUUCCAAGGUGUUCGAAUGGUUACCUACAUGUGGAGAUGGAAGAUCUUGCAGAGAGUGGAAAACUGCUUACCGAAGGAGAUGAGGAGGACAAGGGCAAUGUAAGGAGCUAAACUCAUGGCAAACCCAGUUAAGUAGGUCAAGGUCUCUGAAGCACCUUCAGAUGUUUUCCAAAGUGGUGCCAAGCAGACUUCCAGAGCUGGUGAUCAAACUUUUCAUUAGCCUGGAGGGGGCCGGGGCAAAUAGAUGCCUGGUAGUGCCACUCUGAAAAUCUUACUGUGCCAAAUAACCAGAGACUGGUUCUUUAUGGGUCUUGGCUGUUUUCGCCAGUAUUUUCAGUUCCUACCUCUCUCACCGAAUGGUAUAAAUGGCGAACAGUGACCUCACCCCAAGCACUUUUCUUAUGCCAAUCACAGACUGGAAGAGCCUUGCCUGAUGUAGGCAGAAAACCACCAAAACUAAUCUGAUGAUUUUCAUCACCGUAAUGUGGUGUGACCAGAGCCAAUUUUCUACCUUGCUGCUGGAUUGUAGUUACUGAUCCUACGAAGAAGGGACCUACCUGUUACAACAGCUCUUUCUAUUGCACCAUAUGUAAUAUAUAUAUAUAUUGUUUUUUUAAUUGGAGAUAAAAAUCAGAACAUAUUGUGAUUUACUUUGCAAAAGCUUGAAAGACAAUACUGAAGAACAAAUGGAUAGAUAUAUAGCUAUUUGUCAGAACUGAAGUUGGCGGUACUACACCAUUCAUCUGUUCCGAUAGACCUGUAGAUAUUAUUUAUGGGUUUGAGCAAGCUACGGCUUUUAGGAGUAAAUAAUGUUUAUAUUUUAUAGGGGAAGCUUUUCUUAUUUUAUGUCUCACCUCCUUACUGUAAUAUACAGUGCUUGCUAUAGUGUUAUCAGAUGUGCGCCCAGGUGUCUGUUAUGUAUGUGAGUUCCUCGGUUCUCUGCCAGUCAUGUUCAGAGUAUAAGGUAACUGACAGGGCAUAUAGAGACUAUCAUUGGCUAAACUAUGGGGUCAAGGUGCACAGAAAUGUGCUGCUAGUUCCAGCUUUUUGGAUGGUUUCUGUUCUCGUAAAAAAGUCUGCAGUGAUUUGCUGCCCCCUGAUCUUAAAGGCCCAGGCUGCACUGUAGAUUCAGCCAUACAAUGUCUGGUGGAUUUGAGGGUCCCACAAGGUUUUGCACAUACUGUCGAAAUCACCUUUACCAUGGAGUUCUUAAUGAAAGAAGCUGUUGUGUAACAAAUCAACUGCAAGUUUUGCACAACCCCUGGUUUUCUAAAAAAUGUUGCAGCACAGCCCCUGUCCAUAUGGCCAAUUAAGGGGACGUCAUAGAGAACAGGGGUCUUCUACUUGGAGCCACUCUAUCCAAUACUACAGCUUCUAUACAAAAUACAUGUGGCACCUUCUGCCAGAUAAGCUGUACUUCUGGCAGCCAGCUCAUCAGCGGCGGAGAUGCUUUUGGGAAUUGGGAUGUCCUAGCUGGCCAACUGUUAAAGGGAACCUGUCGCCCUUUUUAAUGCCAUCCUCACGGCAGGCAGUAUAUGGUAGUGACAGGCAGAAAUCGUCUUUCAUCUGCUAAAGUUGUGCUGCUGCUGAGAACUUAAUGUUGUCAGUGCUCGCCAGAGAAGAGUCCUGCACUGCCAGAAAAGAGUUCAGGGAAUACGUGCGUUUCCCUCUUUCCCCAUUGCCCAACAACUAAAGUAAGAACUGUCAAUCAUCAUUGGGUGGGCAGAGAGGGGGUGGGACUCUGGCAUAAGCCCGACUCUUUUCCGACAGCAUAUACCUGUUCUGUUUCGUACACUGCCAGCAUUAACUUGUAAAUUCUCAGCAGAGGUGUUAACUAGCAGAUAAACCACAGACUGGUGAUUUCGGAGUGUCUGUCACUGCUUCAUGCUACCGGUGAGAGCAAAAUAGAG